AGGUUACGUGCCGUUUUAGAAAGAACGAAAAGGCCAUCACUUUAGUUGACGUAGAAAUCUGUUGAAAAGACAAGGAAACAAAAUUAUCUCAAAGACGACCUUUCAGGAUAUCGCGUGACUCAAUCGCGUCACGAUGCCAUGUGGCGCUCUCGCGUGACGGAUUUCUUCAGCCGUCAUGCGAAACUCGCAGUUGCGGUCGGUUGACACUGACUUGCCACCAACCAUCACCACACCUGCUUAUCGACAUGGAUGUGCGACAGUUAUUUCAAAACCUCAAGAAGGAAGCCGAGUGUCCACUAUGUUUGGAUACUGUCAAAGAUCCCAAGACUCUGCCAUGUUUACAUUCAUUCUGUCUCGUUUGUCUCGAUAAACAUGCAAGCUAUGCAAGAAAACAGCUACAAUUUACAAUCAAAUGUCCGGUGUGCCAGGCUUGCUUUCAAAUUCCAGAAGACACAUUCGAUGGCCUUCCCUCUUCCUUUCAUCUCAAUCGAUUAGUAGAUGUUUUAGCACUGGGAAAGGAUAGUUCUGAAUCCCAGAAUUGUGGCAGUUGUGAAGAAGGAAACACCGCAACUCGCUAUUGUUUUGAUUGCACCGAUUUCUUUUGCGACGCCUGUGCUAAAGUUCACAAUCAAAUGAAAAUAUCUCGUCAUCACCGAAAUGUUAAACUCAAUAACCUUGAAGCUGAAGAUGUUAAGGAGCUGAUACAGAGACCCGUCAUGUGUGGCGAGAAAUACCACGAAAAGGAAACACUUGAAUAUUAUUGCCAAGAUUGCAACGCUUGCAUUUGCCAUAAGUGCGUCAUUUUAAGUGACAAUCGACACGCUAUGGUAGACAUUAAAGAAGCUGCCGAGCGACAAAAAGUUCCCAUCACAGAGGUUCUUGAACAAUCCGAAAAGAAGAUUGCUGACUUCGUAAAGCUGAUGGAAAUGGAGAACGAACAGCUGCAAAAGGGUAAAGAGGAGAUUCAGACCGCUCGUGAUAAGAUGCGAACAACUAUCGAACAAAUUAUUCAUAGUUUAAAAGAUCACGAAAGAGCAAUGGUGGGCAAGUUAGAUGAUAUUGACUAUGAACUUGAAAGAUGCCACACAACACAACAAGAACGUGUCCAACUGCUAACUGCACAUUUAAGAAGUUCGGUAGAAUACUGUCAAGCGCUCUUGCAAAGAGACCUCAGUUUUGAAAUUCUACAAGCACAGCAGCAGACUUUCAUGCAACGAUGUAGAACUCUCUUAAGCGAAGAAAAGGUGACUGUGAGAAAACCAUCGCAUGUAAACUACGCAGUCACUAAGACGAAUGUGUACGAUAUGCUGCGAAAUAUUCCAGGUCAAGUGGUUACCAGUUAUGCUGACGCGUCAUGUUCUGUCGUAGAAGGAAGAGGUUUAGAAGAAGCAGAAAUAGGCAGAGAGGCGAACUUCACAGUAACAACCAAAGAUUCAGAGGGCAAAAAAUGGUACUGUAAACACGAUCAAGUGGAAGUUGUAAUCGAGGAUGAAGUUUCGAGAGAAAUAGUGUCAAACGUAACUAUAAAGGACAAAACAGACGGAGAAUAUUUUGUGACAUAUACUAUUGGUACAGCUAAGGAAUAUAGUAUGGGAAUCACAUUGAACGGUCGACCCCUUACUGGCAGCCCUUGGCGUGUCCAAGGGUCUCCUCAUUGGUACCAAUCAGCCUACCGGUUCGGGUCCCAUCGCUGCGGUCAAAUAAUAGCAGUUAGCAAUGUAACCGGGGCUGUUGCAGUGACAGACAAAGACCAAUACAGUGUGAAGCUGUUCAGUUCUAAUGGAGAAUUAAUCAAAAAGCACGUCUUUGAAAACCAUGACGGCAAACCCACUUCAGUAGCUUUUACUAAAUCUGGUGAUAUCAUUAUUGUUCAUGCUCGGAGGAUUUCUAAGUUUACUGGAGAACUUAUCUUCACUAAGCGAAUUGUUGAUAAGAGCGUGAAGAAUUUUUUGCGCCUGUCUGUUGCAAACGAUGACAAAAUGAUCGUGACAGACUUUGAGGAGAAAGCAAUUUAUGUUCUUUCCAAUGAUGGGGCAGAAGUUGUUCUUUCUUUCACUGCACCAGAAAGUAACCUUACUCCACAUUUAGCUGUUUAUCAUCAGGACCUGUUCUUUGUGCUCUUUUGUUGGCCACAUUGCUUAAAAGUGUUCAACAACGACGGUGAUUUUCUCUAUGAUAUUGGCACUGAGGGAUCCGGUGAUGAGAAAUUACAAAAACCCGUAGAUGUUGCUAUUGAUAAGUACAACAACCUAAUAGUAUGUGACAAUGGUGACCAAAAAAUCAAAGUCUUCACUUUGGAUGGAAGCUUUCUGAAUUUGGUAGGGCAAGAUAAUAAAAGACCCCCAUCAUCAGUCGCUACUUCUAGUAAUGGUUAUUUCUUUGUCUCAAGGGACAAUGUUGAAGCUUUUUUUUAAGCAAGAAAUGACUUUCACAUAUAAUCUACCUGCCAAUGAGGCAAUGGGGAGGGAUAAAGAUGUUAAAUUUGAGGACUUUUAGGAUACAGUUGUUGCCGAACAGAGCACACUUUACAAAUGAUUCAAAUUCCCCGACCUCCCUCAAUAAGGGGGUAAGGCAAGGGGUUGCACAAACUAGGUUAAAUACCAAUCUCAGAAAUUACGAUGGUGCCCUACUUUUUUCUUCAAUGGCAUUCCACCUUCAUGAGUGCAGUGUUGUUACAACGAGAAUAAGAGAACUCUGCAGAUGUAGCACAUGUUAGUAAUAGAAACUGUACUUUUCUUGGAGAUAAAAUUACGAACUUUAACACUUCAAGAUUUAUCAUUCAUGAGCAGAUUUGAUUUUUUUUUGUGAAGGAGACUGGGGAGGGAACUAGAAGAAAAAUAAGAAUGAGUGGCAUUCUAGUAAAUUGUAGAUUUCAUGUUCAUGUUUUGUGACAAUUCUUGAAAACAAUGUAACCAGGAAUAAAAUAAUGAUGGAACUUCAACUGUAUGAUGAAUAAAUAAUGAUAAGUCUAA